CAGCAUGCCCUGACCCCUGCCCCACCCUAAGCAGUUCCCAGCUUCCUGGAAAGAACUGCAUGAAGAGGGGUAGGAAUUUGCAUUGGGGGAAGGUGGGUAGGAGGGGAAUGAGUGCUGGGUGAGGUUAGAAGAGAAAGACAGGAAGGAGAUGGGAGGUUGGGGCUAGGGCGGCUGGAGGAUGGCAGACAGAGGGUAUAGGGGUUGGAGAUGAGUGUAUUUAUUACUGAACCUGAGUCAGGAGCCAAGAUGUUCCUCGAGGCCCACAGAGGGAAAAGAUAGGAAUUUGAGUAGAACAAGAGAGGUAAUUGAGCUCGUGAGUUUGUCUCCAAGUCAGGGACUGAAUCUGGAGACCCUAGGCCCCUGCUGGCAAGAGGUUGACAUUCCUGGAACAGGACUAGACAAAAACAAGAAGGCAAAAGGCACCACGUGAUGAUACCAGAUAAAAGGUAGAGGAGGAGGAGGAAAGAGAAGGAAGUUUCCAGGCUGAGCAGCAUGAAGGAGCCCUCACUGACUAGCAGCUUCUUCCUGCUAUUGUUGCUCCUAAGCCCAGAUUUGGGAGCAGUAUUGCUAAUACCAUCCAGCACUACCUGCUGUACUCAGCUCUACCGACAGCCACUCUCAAACAAGCUACUGAAGAAGGUCAUCCGGGUGGAACUUCAGGAGGCUGAUGGGGACUGUCAUCUCCAGGCUUUCGUGCUUCACAUGGCUCGACGCAGCGUAUGCGUCCACCCCCAGAACCGCAGCCUGGCUCGGUGGUUUGAGCACCAAGGGAGAAGGCUCCAGAGAACUCUGCCCAACCUGAAGUUGGGGCUGCCAGGGAAGAUGGGCUGGAGCCCCCAACAGCCAAAAUAAUAAAGCAGCAUUGGAUAAUAAUCUCUGAAUGUGAUCCCCAA